UGGUUGCGUCACCACGUCAUGAUUCCUGUCGCCCAAGCUCGGGAAAAACACAACAGACGGCAGCGACAAACGGACAUACCGGCGAUAAAAUGGGGCUAGAGUUUGUCAUUUUGUUUAUUUAAUUUACUUUUUGAUUGAGGAAAAGGAGAGGCGGCUCCGGCGACACCGGCGGCUCGUUUAUCUCCGGCUGGGGUAAAAUAAAUGAAUUGACAUAUCCGCUCAAAAGCCAUAUGAGUGUGGACGGCUGAUUUUGUGAAUUUUGAAAUAUAUUGGACAACGGAGGACGAGAGCACGACAGCCACAGGAGGAGCCACGCGUCGUUUAACAGAACCAAACGCAGUAAAAAAAACCCAAAAAAAACCCACAAGCAAGGCACGGGUGGUGGGUCACUAACGGCUGACCUCACCCCAGCAGAGGACAUGGUCUUGGCACAGAACCAAGGCAGGCCUGUGUUGGAGGGGAUCCCUGGGGGACAGACACGAACAUAUGUCCCUCCCAAGAUGCCACCCGCUUCAUACAAGUUUCUGGCAGCACUGUCACGCUGUUGGAGCCACCAAUACCAGGGUCACCAACACAAAUGCCAGAAGAUGCUGAUCCAGGUGAAGGCACCAGUGCAGCAGCAGAUGACAGCGACGAUGACGAGGAGACCAUCUCUCUGGAUUCCAGAAGGCAUGAGGACCCAGAUGCUGUACAAGGAGAAAGCCUGCCUGGCAACAUAAACUCACAAGCUAUCAGACAGCUGUAUGCCAACCAUCUAAGGCAGCAAAUACAACUGGCAGAUGUGGAAAUACAGUACAAGAAAAAAAGAUGGAAGACCUCACACUGGAGUCCGAAAUAAAAAGGAGGACAAUUAGAAAAUUGGACCUCGAAAUAAAAAAACUUGAGCGGGAGCUCAAAGAAGAUGAAACAUCUUAAAAAUAAAAGGUCAAAUGGGAUUUUAGUGGUGUCUGUUUGUUUAAUGUAUGCACAGUUAGGGCUACCAUAGAGAUGACACUAGGCACACGGACUGUGAAAUUUCCAUCUGUCAUCCUACCUAAGUGCUAUGAUUGGUUGGAAGUUGAAAGACUGGCUGUAUUAUUACGGCUAGAAGAAAGGCACAUAAUGUACCCUGAAAUGCAAUUUCCCAGAUAUAUCAAAACACCUCAUGGCAAUAAAAAGUGAGGAGAGGGAACAGUUUAAUUAAUUAUCUAUUCUUUAAGGUAGUAGGCGUCAUGAUGACUAAAAAAAAAAAGAUAAUAACUGAAUAACCAUUUGCAGCUUGUGAGGCAUGAGGGUGCAAAGGUGUCCCUCGUAAAGUCAAAUGAGCCAAUAACCUAUAUGAAGGCCCAAACUGGUGUGUUCCUUCCUGCUCUAACAAUGGCAUGCCCAUUAUUGCAAGAUGUGGUGGAUGAUGAAGCAUGCUCAGGAGAGCCUUCAGGCGAGAGAGGGUCUUCAGGGACCGGUUGGACCCACUGGCCUUCCCUGAUGAACACCGUUAUGAACGAUACAGGUUUUCUGCAGAUGGCAUCCGGUAUCUGUGCAGACUGCUGGGUCCCAGGAUCAAACACUGCACAGCACGGAGCCAUGCGCUGAGUGUGGAGCAAAUGGUUUGUGUGGCCUUGCCCUUUUUUGCAAGUGGAGGCUUCUUGUACUCAGUGGGGGAUGCGGAACAGCUGAACAAGGCCACAAUUUGCCGCACAAUAAGGAGCAUGUGUCUGGCUAUUAAAGCAUGUUCAGAUGUCUUCAUCUCCUUCCCUGGCCACAGAAGACUCUGCGACAUCAAAGAAGAGUUUUAUAGGAUUGCAGGUUUCCCCAAUGUCAUUGGUGCACUGGACUGCACCCACAUCAAGAUAAAAUCCCCCUCAGGUGCCCAUGAGGGGGAUUUUGUGAAUAGGAAAUCCUUUCACAGCAUUAAUGUUCAGAUGGUCUGCAAUGCUGACUAUCUGAUCAGCAAUGUUGUGGCAAAGUGGCCCGGCUCGGUCCAUGACUCCCGAGUCUUUCGGACCUCUGGAAUCUAUCAGCGCCUAUCACAAGGUGAAUUCUCUGGUGUGUUGCUGGGGGACAGGGGGUAUGCCUGCCAGCCUUUUCUCCUCACACCAUACACAGACCCUCAGGAAGCACAGCAGGCCUAUAAUCAUGCCCAUGCCAGGACAAGGGCCAGGAUCGAAAUGACCUUUGGCCUCCUGAAGGCACGCUUUCACUGUCUUAACCACUUAAGGGUCAGCCCUUUGAGGGCAUGUGACAUCACUGUGGCCUGUGCUGUCCUCCACAAUGUGGCCUGCCUGAGGAAGGAGAGGGCCCCCAGAGUGCCAUCACACAUGGACUGGGACAAUCCUGCCAUCUUCCCUGAUGACGACAGUGGUCGGCUGGUCAGGGACCAAUAUGUGUUAAAUUAUUUUAGUUAACAUGCAUGCUUUAAAUUUAAGUUAAAUAUGUCCUGCAGUGGCAGAGACGCAUGCUGUGAAUUUCAGUUAAAUAUGGCCUGCAUUGGCAGAGGAAUUUGUGUUUUUUUAUUCAAUUUAAAUUGAUUUGGCCUCUUAUGUUGUUUGUGCUGUAUACUGUGUGUAUACAAGCUUGCAGGGAGGCUACUGCAUCCAUUCAUUUGUCUGUUCAUUUGUUGUGUAUGGAUUUGUCCUGCAUUUAUUUCAGUGUGCAGACAUGCGGGGUGUAUCAUAUACAGACCUUUGAAUGUGUAUUUAUUCUUGUGUUGUAUAAUAUGCUUUGAUUCCGUGCUUUCUAUCUUGUAGAGUCACUGUGUGACUUCAGUUUUGAAAGGAGCUGAUGGUUUACUUGCUUUGAUUUAUCCUUAUUCAAUAAAGGAACAUCAUG